AUGAACUAUGAUGUUCUGCUGGACAUCAUGACCUUCCUCCCUCCGCAGGACUUGCGGCGAUUGGCAGUGACAUCCAAAGUGCUUCAUGAGCCGUCUUCUUUGAGUAUGGUGGAACAAGUCGAGCUCUACCGGCCAUCCCAAGUCCAAUCCUUCCACUCGUUUGUCAUCCAAGAUCCUACCAGACUGUCGCUGAUGCGCUCCUUAAAGUUCUCACCCAAUGCGAAGUCUCUGCUUGACGACGACGCGCAUGGUUGGAGUACCGGGACGGACGAAAUUCGGAGCUCGGGCCCUCUGCUGGCAGAUAUCCUCGAGCGAGCUCCCCAUCUCCGGGUGCUGGAGCUGUGGUACACGGACAUACUCUUCUGCAUACCCCGCCUUCGGCAAGCUAUCAAGAACAACUGCCCCAAACUCCUGACGCUCAAGAUUUCUCAAUUUAAUACAUGGAAGAUGUCCCCGAGGGACAUACAGGAUCUAAGGCCCUUGUUCGACUCAUUAAAGCACCGGGUCACUCGGCUCGAGGUCAAAUCCAUAUUCGAGCGACCUGUCCAGGAAGUCCUGAGAACUUUGGACAGUCGACUCGAGACUCUAGCGGUUGCGCUCGUUUCCGGAGACCCGAGUAUUCUGCGAAAUGGAUCGAUGUUUCCCCACGUGAAGAACCUUUCCAUAUCAGGGUAUAGACUGCUGAGGGAAGAUAUCUCUCGAGUGUUUCCAAACGUUCGCCAACUCGAGAUAUGCGAGGACUUCUUGAUCAACGAAUCUUUAUGCGACUCCCUACAGGAGACGACUGAGUGGGCAGCACUGGAGACGUUGUCUGGCGAUCUGCGCGACGUAGCAAGGAUAGGGCUCACGCGGCGCGUAAAGCAUCUUAACCUUGACACUUAUGCCUUUCACUCUGCUUCGGUGCCUGCAGAGCUGACCCUCUCCUUCUUUUCGACCACUCGACCGCGGUCCCUGUCGCUUACUAUUCACUCGGAUAAGCCGAAGAUCCUUGCUAUUUUGAUGAAACCAAUCUUGUGGGAUUCACUAUCUGAGUUGUCCUACAUGAAUCUCAUCAUCAAGGAUCUUACCGAAUGGGCUGGGGCGGUUCACAGAUGCUUGGUGAACAUGUACGACCGAGAAUCUCAAAAAUCGGAGCGUCGAAUAUUUACGCGUUUCCAUCUACCUGCGGGAACGGAGUCGACUGUUUGA